AUGAACAAUAAAGAAAAAUCUAUUGUUACUCCUAUAUUUGAUUCAUUUGGGUUAAGGGAUACUAACAAUGACACAGUUGAUGUUAUUAAACAUGAAAAAUUGACUCAAAUUUAUAAAGGUCCCAUUGUAAGAGGUUGUUAUCAUGGCCUAGGUUUAAUAAUGUGGAUACAAGAAAAUGAAAAGCAAAUAUAUGAAGGGUAUUUUUAUGUAAAUCAGAUACACGGUUAUGGUCGUAUGAUUUAUUCCAAUGGUUUGAUAUUUGAGGGACUGUUCAAAGAUAACAUGCGUUUUGGACCCGGUGUGAUGACAUAUCCUGAUAAAUUCCAAGAAGUGGGUUUUUGGAUAGGGACUCGUAUUAUUCGUCUAAGUUAUAAUUUGACAACGCGUUUAGUUCCAUCAUACUCACCAAAUGUGUCUACCAAAAUAAAAUUGCUUCAAUUCAAACACCUCAUUGAUCUUACCCAACCACCUCAUUCAAUUAUAAAUAUACGUGACAACAACGAAAAAUAUCUUAAUAAUAAUUACUCAUGUCCAUACACAAGACAUGUUUGCAGUUUAUUUUUUGAUUCAAAAAUAUUUGAUACUGAAUUCAUUUAUAAGUCCAUAAUAUCAGAGAAUAAUAAAGAAAUAAAAAAAGAGGAUAGAUUCAUAUGUGGCUAUGAUUUGGUCCAUUUGAUACAAAAUAACUAUUUAAAUAACACUGAAAUGGAUGAUAUUGAAAAUUAUUUUUAA